AUGUCAAUUGAUAACGCCAAAGUCUUGAAAACGGAGCCACUGGACUCUGCCAAAGCAAAAUGGACAAAACUCGUGCUAUCAACGUAUCGCGAUCCUCGAGGAAAAGUUCGUAAUUGGGAACAUGCGGAACGAUCUACUCGACCGAAGUCGUCUGAGAUAGACGGUGUUGGAAUUGUUGCCAUAAUACAAAAAGAGACCGGCCCGGAACUAGUUUUACAGAAGCAAUAUCGACCACCAUUGGAUAAAGUAGUGAUCGAAGUACCCGCCGGACUUAUCGAUGAGGGGGAAACUGCAGAGGAAGCAGCUUUGAGAGAAUUGAAAGAAGAGACUGGCUAUGUUGGAGUCUUGAGUGAGAGUACACCCAUAAUGUUUAAUGAUCCAGGAUUCUGCAAUACAAACCUCAAAAUGGUGCAUGUUACGGUUGAUAUGUCUGAUCCAGCCAACCAGAAUCUAGUGCCUGAACUCGAAGAGAACGAAUUUAUUGAAGUAUUCACUUUAUCUCUGAAGGACUUAUGGGAGAAGUGUAAAAAAUGGGAGAAAGAAGGAUAUGCGAUAGAUGCCCGGGUAGGAACUUUAGCUGAGGGCAUUGAAAUUGCCAGGACACUGAAUGUAUUUUCAAAAUAAAGUACGAGCAUGAUGUUACGAUAGAUCGAUGAAUAUAAUAAUAAUGUCCGGUAUAUGUAGUGUAACAUGCGUAAGA